AUUUGAACAAGAAGUCAAAGAAGAUAAGUCCUACAUCUUCAUCAACUCACUCUCACCAAUCACCCGUUCUCAAGUACAAGUCAACUCAACACACGCUUCCCCGCAACCAUUUUUCAAGCUCCCUUUUCCACCUGCGUUCUCCAUCAAAGACUUGAUUUCUAAUUCAAAGUCACGUAAAAGUAAGAGCAAGCAGUUGCCAGCUCCACCGAAUGCUUUUAUAAUUUAUCGUCGUGCAUUUGUUAAAGCCGCGAGAGAAGAGGGACAUCAAUUGCCGAUGACAGUAAUCUCAAGUAUGGCUUCAAAAUCUUGGGCACUUGAAUCGGUAGAAGUUAAGAAAGAGUAUAAGCGUGUUGCGAAGGAAGCCAGGAAAGAGCAUAGAGCUCAAACUUAUAAUAAAUUCCAAGCAUUGAGAAAUCGCGAUGGUGGGGAAUGUGAUAAUGAAGCUGUAAAAGGAGAUGAAGAUGCUUCCAUGAGAAACCCUCCAUAUGAGGUAGAUGCGAAAAAGAAAAAUAGUGAGGAAGCUAUUGUAGAGGAGGGGGUAAAAUCGCUGGCUGAUGAUGAUUUUAUGUCAUUAACAAACGCUAUAUUAGAAUCUGAGAAGCAGAUCGAACAAGCUAACUUUUCUUUAGCGUCAACUUAUUUAAACAAUGAUAAUAACGUUGGUGUGCUAGAUGAUUUUUAUACUAAUAACAAUGAUAAUGUAAAUUUGAAUAAUACGACAACUUCAAUAUCACUAAAUUAUCAAAUAGCUGAUCCAAACUAUUUUGAUUUUUAUGAACAAUUAUUAUUCCCUACUGAUCAAUCAUCAAUAGUACUUGAUUUCGAUCAAGACAACUUCAACAGCGAUAACACAAUUGCCCAAUCUACUAACAUCAACGACAUCACAACUGAAGCUCUCAAUGACGAACAUUCCAAAGAAAUGUCAAACAAUACAGAUAUUUAUUGCACGAUAUUUGGUCCCGAUUUGUACAAUUUUUGUGAAUGA